AUGGCUGCAAUCUGUGUCAGGCAGGUUGUUUGUCAUGGGAUCAAAAUGCUGAAGAGUGGCGGUCCUGGCAUUCCUGGAUUGAGGAUAUGCAACAGGGCCGAAAAGAGUAGCAUCUUUGCCAACCCUUGGAGAUGGUAUCCCUUUUGCACUGAGGCAGUUGACUCCAAUCCAUCUCCUGCAGUAAAGAGAAAAAAGCAGGAUCCCCGGGCUCGUGACACAAUCACCAGCGUUGGCCGGAAAAUCUCGGCGCGUCAGAUCCAAGUUAUCAGUGAGGCAGGAGAAGACAUGGGUGUCCUCCACCGUGCAGAUGUCCUUAGAAUCAUGGAUGAGAAGGGUCUCAAACUGGUGCUUCUCAGUGAACAAAAGGAUCCUCCAGUAUAUCGUUUGAUGAGUGGAAAACAAAUCCACGAAGAACAGAUGAAGAUGGGGGAGAAACAGAAAACUAAAGCAGCUCCUUUGCAGGUCAAAGAGCUUACUUUUUCAUCAGGCAUUGCUCCUCAUGACCUAAAGACCAAAUUCAAGCAGGUGGAGAGGUGGUUGGAGAAGAAGCAUCAUGUCAGGAUUACAUUGCGCUCACCAAGCAGAGAGUCUAUAAAUAAUCUGGAUGAAAACCUAGAGCAAAUAGUCCAACAAAUGGAGGUGAUGGUGGGAUAUGUCUCUAAGCCAAGAGUCAUACGUGAGGGUAAAGCGGCCAUGUGCAUUCUUCGGCCACCUUCAGCAAAGGAACUGUCUAGAAGAGACAAAGAUCAGACUUCACAAUCGCAGUCCACCGGCCGACAGGCUGCCAAGGAUGAAACGUCGCUUCCGGACACAAAAGAGGACCUCUCAACAAUGAUCAACGAGAAAUGA